GAGACAGAGCUGAAGGUGUGUGUGUACUCUGACCCCUUGAGAGCAGAUAAAUUACUCCUCGAGUCGCUCGUGUUUCUGAAGAAGGGCUAAACCUGCACGGCUUGUUUUCAGCUGUUCUUCUGAUAAAUCUGGCAACUGCAGAGAAACAAACCGCUACCAUGGAGCUGGGGGAAUGCACCAGAAACCCGGGGUAUCGGGAUAGCGAUGAGGGGAGCUCGGUGGCGGACACCAACACCUCCUUCUCCGAGGAGAAGAAGGAGGAGAAGGGGGACUGCACCGCUGUGAAGCUGGACCCGGACGCGACUGAGUACAAACAGGUCAAACCGUAUGCCGGCAUGCCCAAAGAGGUGCUGUUGCUGUACUCCUCCCAGGCCCGGUACCGAGUGCCCCGGGAGAUCCUGUUCUGGCUGACGGUGGUCUGCACCUUGGCGCUGACGGCGCUCACCAUCACGGUGAUCGCGCUGUCGCCGCGCUGCCUGAACUGGUGGCAGCUCAGCCCGGUGUACCAGAUUUACCCCCGGUCCUUCAAAGACUCGGACGGAGAUGGGGUUGGAGACCUCAAAGGAAUUCGGGAGCAGCUGGAUCACUUCCAGUACCUGAACAUCAAGUCAGUUUGGAUCAGUCCUUUCUACCGCUCUCCCAUGAAGGACUUCGGCUACGAUGUGGAGGAUUUCCGGGACAUCGACCCCCUCUUUGGAACCAUGCAUGACUUUGAAGAGCUGCUGGCUGAAAUGCACAACAAAGGUUUGAAGCUGAUCAUGGAUUUCAUUCCCAAUCACACCAGUGACAAACACCGCUGGUUCAACUUGAGCCGGACUAGAGAUCCUCACUAUGAGGAUUACUACGUCUGGACUGACUGCAAUGCAACCUCACCAAAGCCUAAUAACUGGGUGAGUAUUUUUGGGAACUCAUCAUGGACUUAUGAUGAAGUGAGAGGACAAUGCUACCUGCACCAGUUCCUUAAGGAGCAACCAGACCUGAACUUCUGGAACCCAAAUGUCCGCAAAGAGAUUGUUGAUCUUAUUCGUUUCUGGCUGGAGAAAGGAGUGGAUGGCUUUCGGAUGGAUGCUGUGAAGCACGUCCUGGAGGCUGUACACCUGAGGGAUGAACCACAGGUGGAUCCAAGCAGACCACCGGAGUCUGUAACUACAGAGUGGGACCUCUACCAUGACUACACCACCAGUCAGCCAGGCUUGCAUGACCUGCUGAGGGAGUGGAGGGCUGUGAUGGAUAUCUACAGUCGUGAGCCUGGCAGAUACAGGUUCAUGGUGACAGAGUCAUAUGAUUACCAUGAGGUGUUCAAAACCAUGAUGUACUACAGCACCCCACUGGUGAGAGAAAGUGACUUUCCCUUUAACUUCUACCUGUUGGACCUGCCUCAGAACACCAGCGGCUUUUGGGCUCAGCAUCUGGUCCAUCUGUGGAUGUCCAACAUGCCCAAGGGAGAGUGGGCCAAUUGGGUGGUUGGGAACCAUGACAAGCCUCGAAUUGCCUCCAGUGUUGGUAAAAUCUAUACCCGAGUCAUCAACAUGCUGUUGUUGACUCUUCCUGGCACACCCACCACCUACUACGGCGAGGAGAUUGGCAUGGAGAACAUUAAUGUUACAGAAAGUCAGAUACAGGACCCUGCUGGAAGAUACAAUGUGAGUCUCAGUCGGGACCCUCAGAGGUCUCCAAUGCAGUGGAAUGAUGCCAUGAAUGCAGGCUUUAACGACAAAACAAACCUCACCUGGUUGCCUGUGCACCCCGACUACUCUUCCAUCAAUGUGGAGGUCCAGAAGAAAGAUGAAGGCUCUGUUCUGGCUCAGUAUCGUUUCCUGAGCAACCUGCGUCAGUCGGAGCUCCCUUUUCAACGCGGAUGGUUCUGCUACGUCUACACCGAUGCCAGUAUCUUUGCUUAUAUCAGAGAGAUGGAUGGGCUUGACCGAGCCUUCCUCGUGCUGCUUAACUUCGGUAAAGAAACUGUCACCACAGAUCUCUCCUCUGUACGCGAGUUACCGGACCAGCUGGAGGUGCUGAUGAGCACAAACCAAGCCAAUGAUGGCAAGCUGUUGCAAAAGUCUCAUAUUCAGACGCAAGCAAGUGAGGGUUUGGUCAUCCAGUACUCCACCAGCACUCGGUUCCACCCAAACCACACUGGGGAGUGCUACAUCGCUGAGAAGGCCUGCUAUCUGAGUGCCAUGGACAUACUCUACAAAUGCUAAUAUCAACAGACAAUGUAAUUCAUUACAUUUUCUCCUCUGUAGAGGAUUUAUGUCAAAUAAUAAAAAAAGACCAAUCCAGAUACA